UGACAGAAGCUGUAUAAACGGAGUAAGAAGCUGCGGCGGAAGAGAAGAUAUGCCUACGGUAGAAGAAAAGGUCAGUUCAAAACUCAGGGAUUCUGCCGCAGAAAACUUCAAGGAAUAUUUUCCACAUAAAGGCUUGAAAACCAGCAUUUGAAGGACUGAUGGCAGUUGUGCAGCAGAGAGAGAGAGAACCAGUGCAGAUGUGGCUACCAUGAGAGAAUAGUGUAAAUAGAAUUCCGCCCCCCCCCCCCCCCGCAAAAAAACCAGGAUUUCAAAGCAGGCAAGUGUCUGACUUGCAUACAGUUCUGUGGCUGGUCUCCUUUGAUUCUGAAACUUUAACAUGUCCCAAAGACACAGCAGGAAAUCCAACAAAAAGUAUGGCGCUUCAGACAGCAAGCAUUCCACGUCUUCCAGUGACAGGAAGUUGGACCAUUCUACCUCAUCUUCCCCAGAGAGAGUUAAAAAAAAAUACGAAGGGGCAGAAAUCAGCAAAUAUAAUUCCAAAGAACAGCCACUGAGUCAACGGUUUGAAGAUGGCGCUGGAUACAGCAAAACAAAAACACAUCUUGAUGUCAAAGGUACUACUAAAGAUUUCAAAGAAGAGGCUUCAGAAGGUAUCAGCAGCAAUGCUGAGAAGCGUGAAAAGAUUACUAUACAUUUUAAAAAUAAGGCUAAACUUGGAGGUGGAAUAAACCACAGGGAUACUGCAGUAGCCUUUCUUGGCAAUGAAGACUCUGAAUCAAAUGCCUGCAGUGAAUCUGGUGCUAAAAGAAGGAGAAAGGGGUUGGAGGACUUGAAGGUUAUAAACAGCUGGGAGAAGAACAAAAAGAAGGCCACAGUGGAACACACCAAAGUACAAGAAAUAAUAGUGAAGCGUGUGCUAGAGCAGUUUGAGGAAACCAUACUUCCUACACUGUGCUCUUCCCAGCUUCGAAAAAAGCCUUCCAGUCCGAGUUUCUGCAGACAGCAGAAAACUUCCAAAAAACUUCCCAAGAAGUUGUUUGUGCAAGGAUGCAGAGAAGCCUUUCUGAAAAGAGCGAAACAGACCUCUCCAGAACUGCCGAGCAAAAGCAGCAAGGAGAUAAAACACCUUCCCUUGCCUGAACUGCCCAAAUGUUGGAAGUAUCAUAAGCAGAUGGAACAGCAACGUCCUGAUCCCAUCUAUAAUAUUUGUAAUUCAAGGACACACAGAAAGAGAUGGGAGGAAGCAGCUUUGCAUAUGAAUCAGAACAGCUGUGGUCUACUAGAGGUCUCCUGCCUGGCUGAACCUACUGAAAGUACCAAUGCAGACCAAGAGAUGCAGAUAAUAGAAGACUUGCAUGCCGUUCGUGUUGACAAAAAGAUCGUUUUGCCUGUGGUGGAAACUUGUGGAGAGUUGACCAGCAUGGAGAUAGAUGGGGAUGAGGAAGCAAACAAGUCUUUUAGGACUCUUUCUGACGUGAAUACUUUGAUUGUGAUUGAUACUAACAUAAUGAUCAGCCAUCUAGAGUUCAUCAGGUCUUUGAAGAAUACAGAUAUCCCAGGUAUUGGCAAAUUUGGGCUUAUCAUCCCCUGGGUGGUCUUACAAGAACUGGACAAUUUAAAGAAAGGAAGAAUAUUGGCAAACGUUGCUCAAAAAGCAAUCCCUGCUGUACACUUCAUCCACAGGUGCCUGAAAAAUCAGGAUUCUAAGUUGUGGGGACAGUCUGUGCAACUUGCUUCUCAGCAAAUAGAUGGUUUCAAUGUUGAAAACAAUGAUGAUCGUGUGUUGCAAUGCUGCUUGCAGUAUCAGGAACUCUUCCCUCAAGCUGAAGUUGUAUUAUUGACGGAUGAUAAAAACUUGUGCAAUAAAGCCCUGGUGAGUGAAGUAAAGGCAGUUUGUAAAGCAGAGCUGGUCACUGCACUUUGGAAGCUGGAUCUAAAUAAUGCAGCUUCCACUACUUGGCUGCAAUCAGAAAAAGAAUCCAAGAACCUUCAGAAGUCCACUGAUCCUCUUUCAGGAGUUAUUUUUGACCUUGAAAAAAGCUUGGGCGAAGUUUUGUCAUCUAUCCUGCAAACAGAAAUGAAGAUUGCUUAUGGAGACUUGUGGACAGAGGUAGUGUAUCGGACACCUCCAUGGACAUUAUCAGACUUAUUGGAAUGCUACAAAAAACACUGGAUAGCUGUUUUUGGACAGAUCAUACCAAGAAGCUUUCUUUCAACCAUUGAAUGUCUGUCAACACGGUUCUGUAAAGCUGGAAAGGCUAGCCACACCACAACUGAGGUGGUGCUUCAGGAAACCAAAAUGCUGUUGGAGACGUUCAGCUCAAGAUCAGACUAUGAUGGUGCCCUUCCACAAGCCCUCACUUCAGUGAAUAAACUGUGUGAGACUCUUAAGAAGAUUCAAUCCGGUACUGGACAGAAUUCUUUAGAAGUUGCCUGUGAAAAAAUGGAAGAUGCAACUUUAAUUCAACACACUGAAGCAGAAGCCAAGUCACUGCCAACAGAGCCAUCGGCUCACGAAAACAGGCAUCCAGAAAUCUGGUCUGUCCUUGAAACUGUCUGGAACACAAUGAACCUCUACAGGCAUGAAGUUUUCCAGAAGCUGGAUCUCAGUGCAAUAGACACAAUUCAAUACAGGUCGUCUUUUAAAGAAGCUUUCUUAGGCCUGCAGAAAUUAAUGGCAGCUGUGAAUGAAAUUCUUGCAGGAAUCCAGCAAGUUUUAAUGCCAAACAGUAGCUUUCAAGAUGUCUGGACCCUCUAUAAUUUCUUAACUAAAAACAAGAUAAACAGUAGCAUAACGUUUACUGCUGAAGAGUUCUAUGACUGUGUUUCCCAGGGGAUGUACAGGGAACGGUUGUCGAUUGGUUGUAGCCAACUAGUUCAACUGGAACAUGCUAUUAAGCAAUGCUAUGAAUCUGUCAGUUUGGAAGCCAAAACCAGAGGAUGGCUCUGAUUCUGUAGUCAUCUGAAGCUUUUGAAGGAACACUGUUUUUUCUUUUUAUCUAAAAUGGCAAUCUUAUAUAUAAACUUUGGGAAUAAAUGCAGUUAAUUUAGUGAGAUUAAUUUUGGGGGGUAAACAUGCAUAGGAGUGCAGUGCCCAUCUUCAGAAGAAACAAUGCUUUUAUAUUUUUAUACAGGUAUUUCUGCUUGAUUUACAAGAACAACAGUAUCUGAUUUUUUCAAGGGGGAAAUUUCAGUGUGUUGAUGCAAGUGUAAAAAACUUGUUUUUUGCAGCUUUUAAAAGUAAUACAAUAUAAAAAACGUUAAUUUAACUUUUUGCUAUUUAUUGACAAAUUGCUACUAUUUAACUUUUUAAAUGUGUAGCUUACACCACUGAUCUGUACAAAGUAAAGUUUCCUAUAACAUUAUCUCAUAUAAAUAAAGACAGAUGUGCUUUCUUUAGCUGGGCCUAACUUUGUUUUGUUACAGCUGUAAGCUCCAUUGAUUUCAAUGGGACAAUUAAGCAUGUGUCACUACUUAAUUUUGUGGCUGAAUUCCUAUCCUCAGAGAAUUCAACUUAACUUUGCUUGCGUUGUGUGUAUAAUACGUUGUUUCACUAGUCUUUUAAAUCUUUUACAUUCCAUUGAAUUCAAAAUGAAUGUUGUAUUUCCUGUUACCUUCCUGUGCAGGUCACAUCACUGUUCUCUCAAAUCUAGCUGAAUGUUGAAAGUGGGGGUGGGGAGAAGAAAACUGCUAAACUGUUAUAUUGCCAAUUGAGAGCCAGCAGAGGGUCACAGUGAGGAUAUAAUGGAUGAGUUUAUUGGAGGAAGGACAGGAUGAAAGUGUAAUGGAUUGCAAACAGAUUAGUUUGUCAUUUGUGGGAUUCUGACCCACUCUGUCCAUAGGUAAAAACAUGGGAGCCUUUUCAGGAUAAAAAACGUUGGAGAGGUGAGGCAGAGUGGCAAAUGGUGGCUUUAAAUGGCACGAGUUUGAACUCAAAAGGGCCAAAUUACAGCAGGUUUAGCAUUUUCAUCAACUGGAUCAUUAGGGAUAAUUUAACUUUAUAUCCAGGAGUAAAGUAACUCUAGGAAACGUGGUUGCCUUUACAUUUGUUGGGGAGAGUGAACAAGACAGGGAGGCAAGGAGACACUAGGUUGAUGUUUCCAAAACUGUUCUCAAGCUGGUCAAAAAUGGGAAUGAAGAAAUAAGUACCUUGGAAAAUCUUGCCAAGCGGUUGAAGUGAAAUUGGAAACACAAAUUCAAAUCCCCCCUCUGCCAGAAAAAUUCAGUGGGUGAGGAAGUGAGGCAUCAGAGGAUUCUGAGCUCUCUGGAGCUUGAGCAAGCCAAUUCUGCCUCCCCUCAGCUGAGGCUGUUUGCUCUUGACACUGUUCCUUCUGGAACAUUUACAGUCCUCUUUAAUAUUAAAUACAGUGACAGGUUAGGAUGCUGUGAGCAACUGCAAGGAGGAGGAGUACGUUGAAAAUUCCAUCCCACCCCUCUUCAGUACUCAGCAGCUUGAGCAAGCUGAUUUCUUGCUCCUUUGGACGGAUGUUCAGCUGCUGUCAAAGUUCUGUCCCUGCUAGAACGUUUAAAAAAUAUUUUAUUUACUAGAAUACUUGUCCUUUGUUUUCCCCUGCAUAGCGGAUCCUGGUCUGGAAACACUGUCCUCUAGAGGGAGGUCAUUUCUGCCCUGGCUGAGCAAGUAGUCUGAGCAAGUAUCUUGCAACAGGACAGCAAUAAUAAUAAAAACAAUAAACUGCACAUAUACCACUCUUCUAGACUGAUCAAUGUUCCACUCAGAGUGGUGAAAUCAGUCUUGUUAUCCUCACAAUACAGCUAAGGAGCUAGGACUGACAAAAGGGCUUACCCAAGGCCACCUGCUAAACUCAUGCAAGUCAUGGGAUUUGAACUAGCAGAGUGCUGAUUUGCAGCCACUUAACCAUUGUGCUAUGGUAGGAGGUAAAAUCUAAGAGAGGGAAAGAAAACGGAGGCAGUGGUUUUUCUGCAGGGUUUCCUGCUGCCAUGAGGAAAAGCACCUUCUCAGAUCCUGUGAAGAUCGACGACCUUGCCAAGCAUCUAGACCUCCUAGAAUUUGAGUUAGAACCUGAAAACUAACUUUUUCCCAUCAUCAAGGAUUUGGGACUACUUGAUAUAUUUUAUUACCACUUUUGUUCAGAACUCCUAUGCCCCUAAUUCUUCACACCUUUCAAUAAAAAUUGUUAGCAGCAAUUCAGCUUUUGAAUGAGUCAUCCACAACUCUUAAGACCACUAAUCAUUUUCUGCACACCUGCUAAGUCCCACAAGUUGGUAGAGACCUUGGUUGGAGGUGGCUCAUCAUUUGCCCAUAUGCUACCAGUUUACUAGUAUAGACCAAAGUGGUAGCUGAGGGGUGGGAGCAGAAAAAGGUUCUCUGGUAGCACAAAGUGGAACAGCUGACUGUUGUGCACUACUUCUCAGUGUCUGGAAACCUACCAAUAAAGAAUAACAACAUUCAA